AUGAUUUCGAGGUUGUGGCUAGCAAUUCUUCUCCUCAACCUAAUACUGAUCUCGGAAGCGGCGCACAAAUGCGUUUGGGUGACUGGCGUUCUGAAAUGCCGCAAAAAUCCCAGAAACCAUGCCAAUGUGGAGGUCAGAGUCUAUGACAAGGAUGGGAUCUCGAUUCUGCAGGCCAUCGAUCCCGAUGAUAUUAUGGGGUAGGAAUUUUGAAAAAAACUUUUUUCUCUGUAAUUAACUAAAGAAGUGUUCAAAGUGCGACGCGCAGAUUUUGAUGAGAUUUGGAAAAAAUUUAUAAAGGAAAAUCCACUCUUUCCGCACAAAACUGGAAAACAUAUAGUAAAAACACGUUUUCCUCUCUGACCACUCUCUUCGUUUAACGCACUCUCUCGUCAAACAAGAGCGUUGAAUAUCUUGGCUGCCAUUGCAAACCGAAACCUAAAACUUUCAGAAAUUUAUCUCACGCUUAUGUUCUAUGCGUGUGCAAAGCUUAACGGGUAAAGUAUGAGCUUCGCACUUGGGACAUUUUUAGCUUCGCCUAUAACGAAUUAUUUUUUGGGGUCUUUUCUGAUUCGUUCUUCAUACAGUGGCGGACCCGAUCCAGUGGCAAAAAACGUACCAUUUUACCUCCGGGAAGUAUCAAAAAUGUGGCAAAAUGCUUCCCUCUCCAAGUGAAAAGGCUUCGUUUUGAAGGGCGCGCAUUUUUUCCCCACAAAAAGAGCAGGCGCGCUUUUGAAAUCUGAUUUUUUUCCACUUGGAGAGGGAGGUAUUUUGCCACAUUUUUUGAUACUUCCCAAAUGCAAAAUGGUACUUUUUUGCCACUGGAUCAGGUCCCCCACUGUAGCUUUAACUUCAUUUUCCCAAGAGUUUUUUUGACUUUCCCCAGGCCCAAACGGUCUCUAAAAUUUCAUAAAUUGCACUUUCAGUGUCACCUUCACCGACGAAGACGGCACCUUCAAAUUGGACGGCUGUGGCGACGAUUUUGACUGGCUCCCUGGAGUCCCAAACGUCCCCGAACCCUACCUCCAGAUCCGGCAUUUCUGUAACAGCGAGAAGGGUGAGACGAUUCGACUUCCCGAGUUCGACGUCUUCGUCCCAGACACCUACGAUGUGGGGAUUUUGGAGCUGGACGAGACCGCCACUUCCACAACCAACCCCAAGUUCGGAAAUCACGCCGACGAGCCGUUGGUGAAAAUGGAAAUCCCCGUGGAAUUGGAGGACGAUGACGGAACGGUGAUCACCAAGCCCGACAAAGCCAUGCAUAAGGAAUAA